GUUUUUUUCCAUAGGUUGGUGACACUAGAAUUCCCCGCUGUCAUUAUUGACUUGACAAAUGCCGUCCUCCAGUUUGUUUAUAUGCGAAUUUGUUGUUGUUUAGCAACAACAGUGUUUGUCCUCCGAUUCAUGAAUGAAAGUGCAUCUCUCUGCUAUUUUUCGACGGCCGGCAAGUUUUGAAAGAUGUAAUAGUACGAGGACUGCGUAUUCUGUUCGCACUAAGCGCAUAAUGACCAACUGACGCCAGAACUAGGUUAAAGUAAAUACGGAAAUUCUCAACUAUCGAAGAAGGUGACCAAGAAGCCGCGAUGGAACUUGUGUAAUAAGACGGCUAUGAAACCGUUGAAGUCAUGUCUGUCCGAGUGAAUCUAGAAAUCGGCCAUGAGGCUUCGUUGCGCACAAAACGCACCCAGGAGGGUUUUACCCAUGAUUGGGAAGUCUUUGUAAAGGGUUGUGAUGGAGCUGACAUUCAGCAAUAUAUUGAGAAGGUUGUAUUUUACCUGCAUGAGACUUUUUCAAAACCAAGGAGAGUUGUGAAAGAGCCACCAUAUUCAAUCAAAGAAUCUGGCUAUGCUGGUUUUGUCCUAAACAUUGAAAUAUACCUGAGAAACAAAGAUGAACCAAAGAAAAUCAGGUUUAACUAUGAUCUUAAUCUCCAAACAAGUGGGCCUGCCAUUCACAGGGCAUUAAUAGAAAAAUAUAUAUUUAAAGAUCCUAAUGAUGAAUUUAAACAAAGACUUUUAAAAGGAGGUGGACAGAUUGUGAGUUCUUCUAGUUCAUUUGAGUCAGAGACCAAAUCCAACUCAGAUAAAACCCAAUUGCUGAACAAACCCAAGCUAGGUGGAUCAAUUGAACACAAAAAACCGAAGAAAAUGGAAGAACCCAGAGAGACAACAUUCAAAGAUCUAUUUGGCCCUCCAAUCAAAUGCACCAAAACACCAGAGCCAAAACCUUCCAGUGGCGGAGGUGCUAAAGACCAAAUUAAGAAGGAUAAAGAUAAAGACAAGCUCUCGGAUAAAGAGCGCAAAAACAAAUCGCCGAUUAAAGAUCGCGACAAAGACAAACGCGAUAAGGACGAGCGCAAGAAAGACAAGAGCAAGGACCGCAGCAAAGAUCACGAUCGCAGCUCGAAGGAUAAGAAGCGUGAGAAAUCGCCGGCCAGGUCGACGAGUCCUGGCCUACGGAGGGGUACCAGUCCAAAGAGAAUGUCCAGUCCGAAACGACCACCAAGUCCACCAGAAAUCAAGAAAGAUGAUCGAAAAGAUGAAAAGGAUAAAGAUAAACGUAAGGACAAAGAAAAGGAUGAUAGUAAAAAAUACAAAAAGCGCGACAAGGAGAAAGAGUACAAGGAGCAUAAGGAUAAGGAGUUUAAAAAGGAUUUGAAAGCGCCGUCAAUUUCAAUGUCCAUGGUAUCGUCGAAGGAAAAGGAAGCUAGUCCUCUACCACCACCAACGAUAAAAACGGAGAAAAAAGAGAAACCUAAGGAUAUGAAGCCUGAAAUUAAAGUUGAGCCACUAGAUGUGGACAAACCUAAGUCUCAAGAAGAGAAGAAGGAUAAACACAAGCAUAAGAAGAAAGACAAAGAUCGUGACAAAGAUAAAGAUAAACGCGAGAAGAGCUCACACAAGUCAAAGGAGAAGAAGUACGAGACACCCGCGAACAAUUUGUUUACGAAUCAAACACAGCCAUUACCACUGGCCCAGAACCCUAAUCAAAUAGUGAAACAUGAGAAGAAGAAAUUUGCUCCGGAUGGAGAAAAUGAUAAUUCCAACUCAUCGUGCAGCUCGACCAAAGAUACUGAAGAAUGUAAAGCGGUUUCUCCGAUAACAAUCGCACAGCCACAACCGCCGCCACCUUCCACUCUUGAGCCACGCAUUGAAGCCAAACCCAAAAAGGAUAAAACUAAGAAGAAGGAGAAGAAAUUGGAGAAGGAAGAGAAACGCCGCCGGCGGAGGGAUUUAAGUCCCGGCGAUGACGAGCCGUCGAUGAAGACACCAAAGGACGAAAGCGACGCGACGCCACCGGUCUUAGAAGUGGAAAAUCACGGCGAACUGCAAGAGAACCCCGAGGACUAUCUUCGCAUUCUACAGGACCUGCAACAUAAGAUUAUGUCGCUGCAGGAUAACACUGAGUUGCAGAAGGUUGUCAAAUUAAUUGCAGAAACCGGCAGGUAUGAGGUAUCGGCGCGCACCUUUGAUUUUGAUUUGUGUCUCCUUGAGAGGUCGACGGUGCGAAGACUGCAGGAAUUCUUUGCGGCGUCGUAACUCUUGAUUAUAAGAAUUUUUUUUAGAUAUUUAUUAAUGUAAGUAUUCCAGACAUAUAUAAAAUUAAAAAAAAACGGGAAAAUGCAGUUGCGCGUGAUUUCAGUACGAACAAACAUUACGUAAAUAUUUAAAUGUAUUCCUCACGUUUUAGCUGGUACUGGUAUGAUGGUUCAGUUGUGUCGAUCUCAUUCUAUCGCAAAGUAGCGACUAUUGUUUAAAAUAUUUGCGAACAAAGUAAUUUCGAGCGUGUGUUCAUUGUAAUAUUGCAUUAAUAUUCAAGGGGUUGAACAAUUGUAAUUUAUUCCGCAAUAACUUGAUAUCUGUAUAUAGCACGUUGUCGGUUUUUUGUAUUUAGAACAAUCAUGCAAUAUCGCAGUGUUUCCUUUGGAGUGGCACUGAAGAGUUGUGAAUUUGAAUCCUGUGCACUGAUGUUCGUCGACGACGAAGUAAACUGACAUUUGUAUUUAGACUAAUUGUAAUAUUGUAAAUAUUAAGUUGGUUUUAUAUAUUUAGGUGGACAUAUUAUAUGUGACUUGUUUGAUGGGCUAGAUGUUUUCUAGGUAUAGGUUUCAAUCUAGAUGUAGAUUGUUUUUGUUUUGUUUUUAUGAUUUUGCAAACGAAUUUUAUACAAAUACUAGAUAUUUAUAUACAGAUUUGAUUCGGUAUGAAAUAGUUGAUGCAUCGAUUUAUAUGACUGGUGAUUUGGCCAUUGAGAUUGCACAAGGAAUUAAAAUUUUUGGUGGAAUUUGAAUAUGCGAAUUGAAUUUAUUGAUACAUUUUACAGCUGUUUUAUGAAUUGAGUACAUUUAAGUAAGAUGUAAAUAAAUUCAGUGGACGAAUGAAAUAAAUUCUUGUAAAUUUUUGUGAA